UAAAAGUUCAUGAUUAUACCUCGAAUGUUUCACUUUAUAAUCCAACAAAUUAUUCAUGUUCAUUACCGAAAGGUUUAAUACUGGAAACAACUACUAUUCCUACAUUAUCUUUCAAGAAAAAUUCAACUAUUGAUUAUGAAUUAGUAAACACAAACAUCACCAAUUUAAUUCAACAUAUUACUAGUCCUGAUCGACAUGAAAAAAUUAAAUCUAUCCUUUAUCAACAUUCAAAAUUAUUUGAUACUAGUAAAUCUACAAUUGCAAUUAAUGUAAAACCACAUUCAAUAAAAACACUUGACCAUCCCCCACCAACAUCAAAACCGUAUUAUACAACACCAAAUAAACAAGAAGAAAUGUACAAGAUAGUACAAGAAUUAUUAUAUUUUGGUUUAAUUCGUCCUUCUUAUUCUCCAUAUGCUGCACCUGCUUUACUUGUACCUAAACAUGAUGGUACUUGGCGAAUGGUGGUUGAUUAUAAAAAAUUAAAUCACAUCACAAUUAAAGAUAGUCAUCCAUUACCCAAAAUGGAACAAGCAAUUCAAACAUUAGGUGGUGGUUAUAAAUUCUUUUCAAAACUCGACAUGAAAAGUGGGUUUUGGCAGAUUCCAAUUGAAGAAGAAGAUCGACACAAGACUGCAUUUAUUACACCUGAAGGACUUUAUGAAUGGAAUGUCUUGGCACAAGGUUUAAUGAACAGUCCACCAUCAUUUCAACGUGUUAUGGCCGAUAUAUUAUCUCCAUGUCGUCAAUUUGCAUUAGUUUAUAUUGAUGAUAUUGUGGUUUACUCUCGAUCAUUCGAAGAACAUCUUAAACACAUUCAUCAAGUGCUGUCAAUUUUAUCACAACACAAUUUUCAACUUAACCCCUCCAAGUGCAGUAUUUUUCAUCAACAAAUUCAUUAUUUAUCACAUACAGUAUCGGAACAAGGUGUUAAACCUAAUCAUGAAAAAAUCCAAGCAAUAAUUAAAUUAAGGGAACCUUCCACCUUAGCGGAAGCAAAUAAGUUCCUGGGUGUCAUUUCAUGGUACCGUAAAUUUAUUCCUCGAUUCGCAGCUAUAGCUGCACCUAUACACAAAGUAACAAAUUUAACGAAAGCAAACAGAAACAAAUUUAGUUGGGGAGACCCACAAAAAGAAGCAUUUUUACAAUUGAAACAAUUGUUGGUAACCUCUCCUUUAUUUUUGGAUUAUCCUGAUGAAGAUCAUCCAGUUAUUUUGACAACAGAUGCAUCAAA